AUGGUUGACUUUGUAUUUUCCAAUUUUAACCUCGUGUGUGCCACAUUUGGUGGUCUUCUUAUGAGCUUUGGGCUACUGUCAUAUGUAUUGAAGCAGCGGUUCCUGUUCUCUGAGGCAUUGAUUUCUUUGAUCGCAGGUGUAAUUUUCUCUCACCUCGUGUCUUUCAUUCGUCCAGAUGAAUACACAUGUGGGGAGGACAGAAAUCUAGAUUCAAUUACGCUUGAGUUCUCAAGGCUCGUCCUUGGGGUGCAGCUGGUUCUCGCCGGCAUUCAGCUCCCCCCGCGAUACCUCUCUACGGCAUGGCGCUCUCUUUGCUACCUGCUCGGCCCAGGUUUGACAAUGAUGUGGCUCAGUGCGGGCCUCGUCAUAUGGUUUAUGCUACCACGUCUGGGUUUCAUGCACGCUCUUGCGAUUGGCGCUUGCAUUGCUCCCACCGAUCCUGUCUUAUCCAAUGCUAUUAUCAAAGGACGAUUUGCGGAUACGAAUACUCCGAAGCCACUCCAGAGACUCAUUUCUGCCGAGGCUGGACUAAACGAUGGACUUGGCUAUCCGUUUCUCUUCUUCUCAUUAUGUUGGAUUAAAUAUUCUGAAUGCCAAGGGAACCAAUUGGGUAUGGUUUCUUCUUGGGCUGGUGGAACUUGGGGCUACGUUAUCAUUUUUAGCUUGUUCUAUGGUUUUGGGGUCGGAUAUGUUGCACGGAAGAUGUUUUUCUCUGCUCGAAAGAAGGGUCUUGCUGAGGACGAAGCUUCCUUGAUAUAUGUUAUCGCCCUAUCCCUAUUUGUUCUAGGAACCUGCGGGAUACUCGGGACAGACGAUAUUCUCGCUUGUUUUAUUGCCGGGUGUACGUUUGCGUGGAACGAUCAGUUUGAACGAGACACCCACAACGAAUUAUUUUGGUCUGCUGUUGACAUGAUGCUCAAUAUCUCAAUUUUUGUAUGGUAUGGCGCUGUCGCACCAUGGGCAUCGUUCGCGACCGGCACUAUCAUCACUCUCUCUCGAUUAAUAAUCCUGGGGGUUCUGAUUCUCCUCUUCCGGCGCUUGCCUGCUAUUUUGGUUAUUGGGAGCAAAGUUUCCCAGAUUGAACAUCUCUGGCAGGCUGUAUUUGUCGGAUUCUUUGGACCCAUCGGCGUCUCAGCUAUCUUCUAUCUGAUGGUAAGCACAAAGUUCCUUGGGAAGUUGACUUUGAACGAGAAAGGUGUUGCACGCGAGGAUAUACAAUAUCUCCAAGAAACUAUGCAGCUGAUUGUCUGGUUUCUCGCAAUUAGCAGUGUGGUUGUCCACGGUUUGGCGCUCCCGUUGGCGAAAAUGUGUUCCCAAAUCCCUUACACAAGCUCACUGGUACUUGGCCAACAGAGUCUCGGGACCGGUCACCAAUUGGUGGCCUCGGCAGGUAUUUCUAGAAGCAGAAUUCGAGACUAUUUCUCCUGGAACUCUUCCAGUAAAGAAUGCCAGGCACGCACCUUGUGUGUCAGGAAUGGAUAUAAUACAAUGGAAGAGGGGUGA